AUGAGAAAACUAAUAAUAUUACUGGCAGCUGGACUAGUAGCUUCUAUUUCCCUAGCUAAGGAUAACAAACCUCCCGCUAUAAAAGAGGAGAAGGCAGGAAUGAUCACUUCAUUUAGAAAGGAGUUCCUAGAUGAUUAUAGAAAUCAGUUGAACACUGAAUUCUUGGAGAUAUUUAGACCAUUUAUCUUUCCCUCAGAGGACGAAGUGCAUACCAUUUAAUUCAAAAACUUGAGUAUUUAAAUCUCAUCUCUAAACAUCACUCAGUCCUAUUUCGAUCAAAAUAAGACUAUCAUUAAUUUCCAUGAAAAGAAACCAAACUUUGAAAUCAAGCUUAGCAAUUCAACUGUUGGUAUUAGUUUCAAAUAUAAAAUUAUGAGAUAUGCUGAUCACCCUGAGCUUGAGAAUAGUUCUGGAUCAGGAUUUGUAAAGUUCAUUAACGCAAAUAUCACUUUACUCUCUGACUUCAAGAUUGAUAAAGCUAUUUUCUUACCUUAGAUCGAGGAGCUUUCUUUGCUUUAUGAGGAUAUUGAUUUGUAAUUAACUCAAAAUGCUUUAAAACAAGGUGAUACUGAUGACGAACAGAAGCAUACCGAUGAUAGUGAUAUAUCUUAAUUCAUAAACGAGAUCAAGGAGAUGAUUAAGAAGACUUAUGUAGGCAAACUAUCUAAAGACUAGUUAAGUCUGUUGCAAAGCUAUAUUAGUGCUGAGAUUCUUGACUUCCCCAGCAAAUUUGACAUUCAAGAUGUGAAUUUGACUUUGGAUUUAGGUCUCAUUGGAGAUGGCGUGAUAGUUACUGAUAAUUAUCUUUCUAUUAUCUAAGAUGGAUCUUUAUCCUUCAAGGGAAUAAACCAAACAGGUCCUAAAGACUACACAUAGAUGCCCAUUCAUGCUGAUGGUGGCCAGGAUCUCCAAGUUUUUAUUUCUUAAUACACUCUUGGAAAAAUGAUAGAGGCAGCUGUUGAGUUAGAUUUCUUCAAAUACUAUAUUGCCAACCAGACUACUGACAAUAUUGACUCAAUCAUUUCUGAGUUUGAGGAUUCUUUUGGCAGACAUGACGACAACUCAAUUCUAAUGGAGGGCAUUAAGAACAUGACUCUGCACAGGCCCACAGUAAAAGUAGAAACUGAUAAGACUACUAUAGAAUUCUAUGCUGAGGUGCACAUAUUGAACCCCUUCGAGAAAUCCUACGAUGUUGCACAAGUUGACAUGAAACUUACCUCUGGCAUUAAGUUCAAAAUAAAUUCUGAUUUCAUGAUAACCGGCUAUCUCGACACUCUUAACAUGGAUGUGGUUUAAUUCUUGCCAUUUUACAAUACUACUACUCAGGCUAAAGAUAUCAAGACAAGAGUUGGGUUCUUAGGUCCUUUGAUCUAGUCUUACUGUAACUAAAAGCUAGAUGAUGGGCUAUAAAUCCCCAUUCCUGAUAGUCUAAAGAAAUACAUUAAGAACUAAAAGGUUUACAACAAGCAUGGCUAUCUAUUGAUGGAUGCUGACAUUGAUUUCAGAAACUUUGAUUUGCCUUAUAAUGAAACUGAAAACAAAUAAGAUAAUAAUUCCACAAUUGAUUCAUCUUAGGAUAAUAAUGACUCUAAUACUGAUGAUAAAAAUCAAAAUAGUGAUACUGAGACUACAUUUGUUCAAAGAAGACUGAGAUAACUCUAAGAUCAUUAAUACAGAAGUGAUGAAGAAGAUGAAGAAAGCCAUGAUAAUAAUUAAAAAGCCAGAGGGUCUAAGCAUAGAUUUAGCCCUAAUGAGAGAAAGGAAGCUUAGGAUAGAUUUUACUUAUUAGUGGAAUAAGUAUAUGAUGUCGAUAUCAAGAAUGGCAAAAAUCCACCAACUAAAAGAGAAGAGCUUAUGAAGUCAAUGUUUGAAAUUUACAGAGCUAAUGAUUCUAGCAAUGCAACUGCAAACUGGACCCCUGAAAUGAAGGAGACACAUAAGCAAAUAAAAGAGGAUUUCAAAACGGGUAAGCUCUCCAUCAAAGAUCUUGAUGUCAUGAAAUUGGCUGAGAUUGGACUAAAAGUUCUUGAGAGUAGCUUCAAGAAAGUCGAAAAGGAAAUUGAGCAAGUAGGUUAAAUCAUUGAAAAGGAAUUCGAACGUGAUGUCAAAGUUCUUGGAAAAACUGAGAAAAAUGUGGAGAAAUUCUUCAGAGGCAUAUUUGGUGGAUGA